GGUUUGGUCCCAGCAUUAAGUGGUUUGCAGCAUCCUCAAGGUACUGGACCACUGAACUAAGCCUGGGAAAGGUGAGCAGAGCAAUUGGGGAAAGGGAGACAGGGAGGCCAGUUUGGACCCAGCAAGGUGGUGGCAAAGGAGAAGAACCAAGGAGCCAAGUGCUGUCUGAAAACUCUCCCUCCCUUGCUCUGCUAUCACCCAAUAUCAUCUACUGAGGAGAAGGCAAGAGUCCCCCACCCUCCUUCAGAGCUUCUGAAUACCUAAGGCUGAAGAACAUCCAUUUUAUUUGCUCUCCUUUUCUUCUAUUCUAGCAGAAUUACCAUGAAAGGUGAGACGCCAGUGAACAGCACCAUGAGUAUUGGACAAGCCCGCAAGAUGGUGGAGCAGCUCAAGAUUGAAGCCAGCAUGUGCAGGAUAAAGGUAUCCAAAGCAGCAGCUGAUCUGAUGACAUACUGUGAUGCCCAUGCCUGUGAAGACCCUCUCAUCACCCCUGUGCCCACUUCCGAAAACCCCUUCCGGGAGAAGAAGUUCUUCUGUGCCCUCCUCUGAGCAAUGUCUGGCAUUCCUCACUUCGACCCCACCCCAACCAGUUUCAUGGGGCCAGAGGGCACAAGGCCCAUUCUCCUUUCCUUUCCACUUCCCCUGAGACACCCAAACCAUCAAUUAGUAAAGGAGGCCGAGAGUAUCUGCACAUCUAAGCCUUUACCAUGGAGGGGCAGAUGUAGCUGUUUCUGCUUGCAGCCUCCCACCAAACCAACCGCAAGAUCGUGGUGUGAUUAUUCCAUACACUUCACCUGAGCACAAUAACCUCUACAAGCAAGAUGGACACAGCACCCCACCUUCCUCCAAGAAGGGAGCCUCCAUUCAGUUUAACAACAAAGGAGAAGAGAACGGCACAUUGUUUACUUACUGUGAAGUGUAUUCUGGG